CUCGUCAGUCCUCAGCUGGGCCCAACAUUCUGGUUUCCUGAUGACUUUUUGCACCGAGCUCAGCGAGCUGGGUUCAACGAUGUCACUACUCACCGCUCACCGCUGUCUCUUGCUUUCGGACUCGAACUCGUCCCAAGAAAAAGAAACACCGUCCGUGCCCACGGAAGCGGCAUGUGCCGUGCCAAGCAGCCAAGGGCAAACCCCGCCCUGCUGGAACAUUGGUGGAAGCUUUCUUCACUUUCUGCCGAACCACCCGAGAUUUCAAAGCACCGGGGCCGGGAUUCGACCUCUGCGCGGCCUGCGCCUUGAUCAUUGCCUUCUCUGUCUUAUCACCCCCCGAGACUAUCGGCAGGCAAUGCACUCACCGUCCGAACCCCGUUCGAUGUGGGCGCCUUGGCCCCCGAUGGUCCCGUUGCCCCCGUCUCGCGAUGCCGAGCAUUUGUUGCUGCCCAUUGGCGAUCCACAUCCCGUUCGUUGAGAUCGAUCUUCAUGUUUCCAGAACAGUCGCCAUGUACGUAACAUCGACACUCUUUUCGAUGACUCUAAUAUUUGCUGACCAAGGAAGACGAUGACCUUUUCAUAUACCCGCUCAGGUGCCCCAUUUUUGAGAUUGGCACAGCUCCAGCUCACACUUCCCAGACAACUCUACGCAUUGUGACUAAGUGGUUCCAUCCUUGGAGAGCUUGCGUUGCAGUGUCCACUCGUGUCAAGGCAUCAAAACCAACACCGGGAUCAGGCCGUCACCAACUUCGUGAUUCAGGAACAGUGUGGAGAUGUGAGCAUCCACACUCCUCCACCAUCGCGGUGAUGGGUUGGCCGCCCUGCCGAUGCCGAUGGCCGAAGCUGACUGAGAGGAAAUGGGUGGGGAAAAAAAAGGCAAUUAAAUAGCCCUGGGGGCCUCGUUUCUUGGCUCUGAUUCUCUCUUGGUCCUCCAUCCCAUCGUACCGGUCCCUCUCAACCCCUUCGCCGGCAAGCCAUCAUGGAGACGGCACCAGCUUCCAACCCCGACCCCACGGGAGUCGUCCACGAAUGGAAACUCAAGCACAAGGUCGAGGCCAUCCGUGAACGCGACAGCCGCUCUGGCCUUCCCCUGAGAGAGCUUGGUGUCACUUGGAAAGAUCUCACCGUCAGCGCCAUUUCCUCCGACGCCGCCAUCCACGAGAACGUUAUCUCCCAGUUCAACAUCCCCAAGAAGAUCCAGGAAUCCCGCCACAAGCCGCCCCUCAAGACCAUCCUAGACAAGACUCAUGGCUGCGUCAAGCCAGGAGAGAUGCUCCUGGUUUUGGGCCGUCCGGGCUCGGGGUGUACGACUUUGCUCAAAAUGAUUGCCAACCACAGGAAGGGCUAUCAGAACGUGGAGGGAGAUGUCAAGUAUGGCAGUAUGGACGCAUCGGAAGCAGAAAAGUACCGUGGCCAGAUCGUCAUGAACACCGAGGAGGAGCUCUUCUUCCCCUCCCUCACCGUGGGGCAGACCAUGGACUUUGCUACUCGUCUCAAGAUCCCCUUCCAGCUGCCCGAUGGCGUGCAGUCCAAGGAAGAGUACCGCCAGGAAAUGAUGGAGUUUCUCCUGGAGAGCAUGAGCAUCACCCACACCAGAGGCACCAAGGUCGGCAAUGAGUUCGUCAGAGGUGUUUCCGGAGGCGAGCGAAAGAGAGUGUCCAUCAUUGAAACGUUGGCUACAAGGGGCAGUGUCUUUUGUUGGGACAACAGCACAAGGGGUCUCGACGCGAGCACAGCUCUGGACUACACCAAGGCCAUCCGUGCCCUGACUGACGUUCUCGGGUUGGCCUCGAUUGUCACAUUGUACCAAGCAGGCAACGGCAUCUACGACCUCUUCGACAAAGUCCUCGUCCUCGACGCCGGAAAAGAGAUCUACUACGGCCCCAUGAAGGAUGCUCGCCCGUUCAUGGAGCAGCUUGGUUUCGUGUGCCGUGACGGAGCCAAUGUUGCUGACUACCUCACCGGUGUCACGGUCCCUACUGAACGCUUGAUUGCCCCCGGCUACGAAAAGACCUUCCCCCGCAACCCCGACCAGCUGAGAAGCGAGUACGAAAAGUCCAACAUCUACCAGAAGAUGAUCGCCGAGUACAGCUACCCAGAGACAGAGGAGGCCAAGGAGAAGACCAAGCUGUUUCAGGGCGGCGUCGCAGCUGAAAGGGACAGCCACCUCCCCAACAACAGCCCCUUGACGGUUUCCUUCCCUCAGCAAGUCCUUGCCUGCAUCAUCCGGCAAUAUCAGAUCCUCUGGGGCGACAAGGCCACCAUUGCCAUCAAGCAGGGCUCGACACUGGCACAAGCCCUGAUCUCCGGUUCUCUCUUCUACAACGCCCCCAACAACUCGUCCGGUAUCUUCCUCAAGGGAGGUGCGUUGUUCUUCGCCCUUCUCCACAACUGUUUGCUCUCCAUGUCUGAGGUUACCGAUUCCUUCCACGGCCGCCCCGUGCUCGCGAAGCACAAAGCCUUUGCCUACUUCCACCCCGCCGCCUUUUGUAUCGCUCAAGUCACUGCCGACAUUCCCGUUCUGCUGUUCCAGGUUUUCAUUUUUGCCAUCGUUCAGUACUUCAUGGUCGGGCUCACCAUGACAGCCGGCGGUUGGUUCACAUACUGGAUUGUUGUCUUUGCUACCACCAUGUGCAUGACCGCCUGCUUCCGCAUGAUUGGUGCUGCAUUUUCCAACUUUGAUGCCGCCUCCAAGAUCUCGGGCUUGGCCGUCAAGCUGCUUAUCAUGUACACGGGCUACAUGAUUAUCCGGCCCAAGAUGCACCCCUGGUUCGGCUGGAUCUUCUGGAUCAACCCCCUGGCUUACGCCUUUGACGCUCUCCUCUCCAACGAGUUCAAGGGCCAGAUCAUUCCUUGCGUCGGACCAAACCUCGUCCCAACUGGACCUGGAUACAUGGGCCUCGAGGUUGGCCAGCAGGCAUGUGCUGGCGUGGGCGGCGCCGUGCCAGGUCGCAGCUACGUUCUCGGCGAUGACUACUUGAGCUCCUUGGAGUACGGAAGCGGCCACAUCUGGAGGAACUUUGGAAUUGUCUGGGCUUUCUGGGCCUUGUUCGUCACCAUCACGAUUCUGGCCACCACCAACUGGAAGUCUGCGUCUGAAGGUGGGCCCUCCUUGUUGAUUCCCAGGGAAAAGUCAAAGGUUGGGCUUCACGGCGCUCGCAGGAACAAGGCUGGCGACGAAGAAGCGGCCGUUGACGAAAAGGGCGGCUUCUCCUCGGGCAGCGGCAGCGAGACGGACGAGACACUUGCCGUCAAGGGCGCAGAUGCGCAGAUGCAAAAGCAGGAGGUAGAUCUUGUUCGCAACACUUCGGUCUUCACAUGGAAGGAUCUCUGUUACACUGUUUCUACCCCUGAUGGCGAUCGCCAGCUCUUGGACAACGUGCAAGGAUGGGUCAAGCCUGGCAUGCUGGGUGCCUUGAUGGGCUCUUCUGGUGCUGGCAAGACCACUCUCUUGGAUGUCCUUGCGCAGAGAAAGACCGAAGGUGUUAUUAAGGGAAGCAUCAUGGUCGAUGGUCGUGAGCUGCCUGUCUCUUUCCAGAGAAAUGCGGGCUACUGUGAGCAGCUUGACGUGCAUGAACCGUAUGCUACCGUCCGGGAGGCGCUCGAGUUCAGCGCCCUUCUGCGGCAGCCUCGCGAGGUCCCUCGUGAGGAAAAAUUGCGCUACGUCGACACCAUCAUUGACCUCCUCGAGCUGCACGACCUGGCUGACACCCUGAUUGGCCGCGUCGGCAUGGGUCUGUCUGUGGAACAGCGCAAGCGUGUCACUAUCGGAGUCGAACUUGUCGCCAAGCCCUCGAUCUUGAUCUUCUUGGAUGAGCCCACCUCGGGCCUCGACGGCCAGUCUGCCUACAACACGGUCCGUUUCCUCCGCAAGCUCGCCGACGUUGGUCAAGCCGUCUUGGUCACGAUUCACCAGCCCUCGGCCCAGCUCUUUGCCCAGUUCGACACAUUGCUUCUGUUGCAACGCGGCGGAAAGACGGUCUACUUUGGUGACAUUGGCGACAACGCUGCUACGGUCAAGAACUAUUUCGCCCGCUACGGUGCCCCCUGCCCCAAGGACGCCAACCCUGCCGAGCACAUGAUCGAUGUGGUGUCUGGCCAUCUCUCCCAGGGCCGUGACUGGAAUGAGGUUUGGCUCUCGUCUCCCGAACACAGCGUAGUCGUCAAGGAGCUUGAUGAGAUCAUAUCCGAGGCCGCUUCCAAGCCUGCUGGCUAUGUGGACGACGGCCGCGAGUUUGCCACGCCCCUUUUGGAGCAAACCAAGGUUGUCACGAAGCGCAUGAACAUUUCCCUGUACCGCAACCGAGACUACGUCAACAACAAGAUCAUGCUGCACGUCUCGGCCGCGCUUAUCAACGGCUUCAGUUUCUGGAUGAUUGGCGACGACAUUUCGGAUUUGCAGAUGAUUCUCUUCACCAUCUUCCAGUUCAUCUUCGUCGCUCCCGGUGUCAUUGCCCAGCUGCAGCCGCUCUUCAUCGACCGCCGUAACAUCUUUGAGGCCCGCGAGAAGAAGAGCAAGAUGUACUCUUGGAUCGCCUUCGUCACGGGUCUAAUCACGUCUGAGAUUCCUUACCUUAUGAUUUGCGGCGUCUUGUAUUACUGCUGCUGGUACUACACAGUCGGCUUCCCUACCUCGUCCAAGCGUGCCGGCGCGACGCUGUUUGUCAUGCUCAUGUACGAAUUUGUCUACACGGGCAUGGGCCAGUUCAUCGCAGCCUACGCCCCCAAUGCCGUCUUUGCCUCGCUCGCCAACCCCUUCGUCAUCGGAAUCUUAGUCGCCUUCUGCGGUGUCUUGGUCCCCUACGCACAGAUCCAGGUCUUUUGGAGGUAUUGGAUCUACUACCUCAACCCCUUCAACUACCUCAUGGGGUCCAUGCUGGUCUUUGCUGCCUGGGAUUGGCCCAUCAACUGCAACCCUCACGAGCUAGCCAGGUUCGAUCCUCCCAACGGCACCACUUGUGGCGACUACCUGAGCACCUAUCUUGAGAAGGGGUACGGCAUGGCUGCGAACUUGUUAAACCCCGAUGCUCUUUCCGAGUGCCAGGUCUGCCAGUUCAAGUCUGGAAGCGACUACCUUCGCACCAUCAACCUGAUGGAGUACAGCUACGGCUGGAGAGAUGCGGGCAUUGUCGUCAUCUUUGUCAUCAGCUCGUAUGCUAUGGUCUAUGGCUUGAUGAAGCUGAGAACAAAGACCAGCAAGAAGGCUGAGUGAAGAGCACUACUGGUUUUCUUUUAUCCUGUUUUGGCCUUGUUCACGGGCUUUUGGUAAAACGUGUACAUUUUUUGCAUACUUUUCUUUUCUUUUCUCUUUUUUAUACACUUUGAUACCUUGAUAGACAUUUUGCAUAGACAGACAUUCACAUAAUUAAUUUCAAUACUGUUCCUGUUGACCAC